CACUCGAUGCUGGGUUGGUCACACACAGACCAGCUGGUAUUAGAUCUAAGAUCGAGACGGCUCAACUCCAAGUGAAGGUGAAACAAUACGAAGAGAAGUACCACCCUCCUGCGCGGUCGAUGACACCUCGUGGAUGAUAAAAAGUUCGGCAUUUUCCAAUUUUCCUCCUUCCAAGCAACACCUCCCGACAAGAUGACCAACCUCUGCGCCUUCCGUAGCUGCGUCAACGUGGCGAUUGCCGACGCCGGUGGCAAGUGCGAGUACCAUAAAGACCGCAAGAUGUGCUCCCGCGACGACUGUCAAAACCAAGUGUACGCCCGCAACCUUUGUGUGCGCCACGGCGGCAAGAAGCCAUGCGCGUUCGAAGGCUGCCUCUCAUACGCAAAGGGCGGUACCUUCUGCCUCAAGCACGGCGGCCAGUGCGACCGCCGCCUCUGCUCUGUCGAAGGCUGCGCCAAGCAAGCACACGCGCGCCAGCUCUGCGUCCGUCACGGCGGCGGUCGGUCGUGCAAGAUCCCAUCCUGCUCCCAGCACGUGCGCAUGGGCGGGUACUGCCAGCGCCACUACCGCGAAAGCCUCACAUUGCGCGAACAAGCAACCACGGCUGCGGACGCGAACGGCUUUGACUUCGACUACAUGCUGCUCUCGCUCCUCAUUGACCGCGAAGCGUGGGAGCCGCUGGACUUUGACGAGGCGACGACGUGCCACGAGAUCAAGGACGAGGAUUGGUCGCUGCUGCAAAGCCUCGACAACGUCGAGAUCGCCCCGUAGCUUCGUCGCCUCCCGACUUGCAUGCCAUUCCAUUGCACAACCCUUAUUUUAUGAGCCCUAGUAUUAGCAGCAUUCAAUUUAUAUGAUCCCAAUCACAAAAACUUGUUCUUA